GAAAUCGGCGAUUCUUCAAAGCUGAUUGAGCAAGUCUUAACCUACCCGUUCUCAAUCUUUGCGUGCUAUACAUCACUCUACACUGCUGCGGUUGAUUUUUGGCAUUUGAUAGCGACGGUGGAGAAGGACGACGGCGGUGGUGGUGCUUUGAACGCCAGGCAGUAGUCUUCAGCGGCGAUGGCUCUUAGAUUCUGUCUGGAAGCACCACUGAUGAGUGAAAGAUAUAUAUAUGUUUUAAUUUCUAAUCUCUCCUCAUUCAUCUGAUUUGUUCCUGCUGCUAAUUUCCACUGCGCAUUUUUUAAUUCAGACUUGCAGGAUUUGAGUUAGAGGUUGUCAAAACAUCUGCUGGUCAUGCUAGGAAACUUGCAGCCAGUGUUGAUUUCAGUACUUCUCCUGAUGGUAUUAUAUGUGUAAGAGGUGAUGGUAUUUUAAAUGAGGUCUGUAUAUGUCACUGUUUUUCUUCCAUGUGCAUCUUUAUUCUGGUUGUUGUAAGGAACUCUUAUCUAGUGUAUUUAAUGUUAUAUUUAUAAACGUUUUUUGUCAACCCAGUGAAAUUUCACAACAAGAGUUGAAGAACAUUAUUGAAUAUCCAAAUUGCAAUAUAAACAUUAUUAUCUUCUGAAAUUUAAGUCAUUCCAUUUUAAUUAAGUUGGUAAUGGAUGGGUAUUACACACGAGAUUUAUAUACUAUAAUUGCUAAUCUAAAUCAUUAAUUUGAUGUUUCUGUUGUUGUCUAUUUUGUUUUAAAAUGUUUAGGUAGGAGCUUCAAGUCUUUUGGACCUCAUGAGACAGGAUAUAUGAUUUCCAUCUACCUGCCAAAAAAAUCUUUUCCUAUUUAUCAUUAUUGUUUUAUUAUUAUUAUUAUUAUUAUUGAUUUUUUGGAAAGAAUUUUUUGCCUAUUAAAUGUUGUUUGUACCUAAAAUUCUUGUUUUUUCAGCAUGAUUGGAUGUGAUGCUUUCUUUUUAUUACAUUUUGAAAUAUCUCAUUUGUUGGGGUAUUUGAAUAAUAUGUUUUUAAUGGUCAGGCUGUAUAGAUAUAAUAUAUCUUAAAUGUUUCUUUAAUUGCAUGUAAGAAUGAAAUUACUUCUGGCUCUGAUUAUGGUUCAUGCUGCACCUUUGGAGGAAGUUGGUGAAUUUCAUUAUUUUGUUUUAUUACCUCCACAAUGUAGGUUCUGAAUGGUUUACUUAGUAGAGACAACCAGAAAAAGGCUAUUUUAAUCCCAAUUGGAAUCAUACCUGCUGGUUCUGAUAAUUCUUUAGUCUGGACUGUUCUUGGGGUCAGAAAUCCGGUAUCUACGGCAAUAGCAAUAGUUAAGAGGCGAGUAAGUUAGACAUGACAGCUCUAGGACGAGCUUGGAUGUAUGACAGGAUGCACAAUGGUAUUCUAAACAGAAACUUUACUAAUGGGGUUAACGAAUUUUUGAAUUACUGCAUGAACAACCCAGAUAUUGAUAAGAUUGACAAUACUAUACGUUGUCUGUGCAAGCGUUGUAAGAAUAUCAGGUUUCUAGCAGUAGAUGAUGUCAAAUAUCAUCUGUACUCUAGAGGUUUUGUACCAAAGUACGAUAGAUGGACAUGUCAUGGUGAGAAACAUGAUGGAAGUGGUAGCUCACAACAAUAUGAACCAUCGAAAGUUGAAAAUAUAGUUGAUCCAAGGAUGGGGGAUUAUACUCAAAUGGUGAUGGAUGCCGGAGGGCCCACAUUUGAGGCACACGUAGUGCAGGAUGAACAACCUAACCCAAAAGAUAAAAAGCUGUAUGAACUCCUUCAGGCAGCCGAUCAGGAACUAUGGCCUGGUUGUACGAAGGCAACGUUGUUGUCUGCUGUGGCAAGAAUGUUGAAUAUUAAGGCUGACUUCAAUUUGUCUGAAAGAUGGUUUGAUGUCCAGUGCCAGCUUAUGCAUGAUGUGAUGCCCGAGGGCAACUGUUUCGUAAAAAGCUUCUAUGAAACAAAAAAUUGAUUGAGGGAUUAGGCUUACCGUGUGAGAAGAUAGAUUGUUGUCCAUUUGGUUGUAUGCUAUACUGGAAGGAGGAUGUAGAGUUGGUUCAAUGUAAGAUAUGUGGAAAAUCACGGUAUAUAGAAAAGAACGGGAAAAUGGUGCCUAUCAGAUAUAUGUUUUAUCUCCCAAUCACACCGAGGCUUAAGAGGUUGUACGUGUCCUCUCAGACAGCAUCAUAUAUGUGUUGGCAUGCAGGUCAUCGACAUGCGAACGCCGAUGAUAUGUGCCACCCAUGUGACUCAGCGGCGUGGAAAAUUUUAGAUGCGAAAUACCCUUCAUUUGGAGUUGAGCCAAGAAAUGUUCGAUUAGGACUUUGCACAGAUGGAUUUCAACCAUUUGGCCAGUCGGGAAGACAAUACUCAUGUUGGCCUGUCAUUGUGACACAAUAUAACCUCCCUCCUAAUAUGUGUUUGAAAGACGAGUACUUAUUUCUAUCUCUUGUGGUGCCUGGGGGGGCGAACCCGAAACAGAAGAUCGAUAUUUACUUGUAAUCGUUGAUUGAAGAAUUGAAGACUUUGUGGAUCAAUGGGAUUGGAACAUUUGAUUUCUCUCGGAAGGAAAACUUCAUUUUGAAGGUUGUGUUGUUGUGGACUAUAGGUAAGCAUAUUUUCAGUAAUUAUGUCUUAUUCAUUUGCAAAAAUAACAUGAUAUAUAUUGAAUCUAUAUAUUUUCAUAUAUAGGAGAUCUACCAGCAUACUCUAUGAUGUCUGGAUGGGGUACUUCCGGAAAAACAACAUGUCCAAUAUGUCAAGAUCAAACAAAAACUUUUUAUCUACCGAAAGGAUGUAAGCAAUCCUGGUUUGAUACACAACGCUGGUUUCUUCCAAACGACCAUCCUUACGAUCGGACAGGAAGAGGUUCAAGAAGGGGAAUGUAGAAAGGAUACCUCAUCCACGUGUAAAAUCCGGUGAAGAGCAAAUUAGAGAGAUUGAUCAGUACGGUUUCCUAAAAGUAACCGAGCCAGAAGCGAAAAUUUAAAUAGAAGGCUUUCGCAGGUGUGUGGGUGGCGGAAAAGAAGUAUAUUUUGGGACCUUCCAUACUGGUCUAACUUGCUGAUCCAUCACAAUAUUGACGUGAUGCACGUUGAGAAAAAUGUUUUUGAAAAUAUUUUCAAUACGGUGAUGGACGUGAAGGGUAAGACUAAAGAUAAUACUAAGGCACGGCAGAUAUGACUGAGUUUUGUGAUAGAAAAGAGCUAGAAUUUGACAACAUUAGACAAUGCUAUCCUGUUGCUGCAUAUACAUUGGAUAACAUGCGUAAAAAAGAGUUUCUAACUUGGGUUGAACAAUUGAAGAUGCCUGAUGGAUAUAUGUCCAACUUGGGACAAUGUGUCAACAUGAGCAAAUAUCAGAUGUUUGGCAUGAAAAGCCACGAUUGUCAUGUAUUCAUGCAACGUCUGAUUCCGAUUGGCUUUCGAGAAUUAUUGCCAAAAAAGAUUUGGGAAGCCAUUACAGAGUUGAGUAACUUUUUCAGACGCCUAACAUCAAAGGUAGUUUCAUUGAAAGAUAUGGAACUUCUAGAAGCUGAGAUUCCUGUCAUUCUUUGCAAGUUGGAGACAAUAUUUGUACCCGGGUUUUUCAACAGUAUGGAACAUCUGCCGGUACAUUUGCCUUAUGAGACAAGAAUAGCAGGCCCAGUUCAAUUUCGUUGGAUGUAUCCUUUUGAGAGACAGGAUGAUGGAGGACCGAGAUUAACUUCAGAUAUUGAGAUAAAAGUAUUCUCACAUCCUUGCCGCUUGCAAGGCAAGCCGAAGAAGUGGUAUUUGUUGCCUCAUGAAAGGCAAGCAAUACAAGCAUACUUUCUACUCAAUGUUCCCGAAUGUGAUACCUUCAUCUCGAUCUUCGAAGAGACGUUGAAGCGAGAACAUCCUUUAAUAUCAGACAUCGAGGUUGCCUCGCACUUACAAAGGAAUUUCACCUCCUGGUUUGCCCAAUACGUUACUGAACAAGACAACAUUCCAAAAAUUUAUAAAGACAUUUCACACGGGCCGUUGGUGGAGGUCACUAGUUAUAAUAAGUGUUUCAUUAAUGGUCAUCGUUUCUACACCGAAAAGUACGGUGCAAAGAAGGCUUCAUACAAUAGCGGAGUUUGUGUUGAUGGUGGGGGUUUAGAGUACUACGGUCAUAUUCAAGAAAUUUUGGAGAUUGAAUUUCCAGGACUACCGAUCAAGCGAUGUACUAUCUUUAAUUGCGAGUGGUAUGAUCCAACUUCCGGUGUUGGAACGAAGAAGCAUGGAAGAUACAAUUUGGUGGAGGUCAAUAAAAAGAAAAAACUCCAUACUUAUGAACCGUUCAUACUUGCAAUACAAGCGACACAGGUAUGUUAUCUUCCAUUCCCAAGUAUGAAAAAGGACAAGGCUAAUUGGUUGGCAGUAUGUCGAGUCAGACCCCGGGGUUGGAUCGAUAUGAGUGGCGAGAUCGUGGAAAGUCAGGAAGAAGUUGACACAUACCAAAAUGCGGUGGUGGAACCUUGCACUAUUAAAACACCCACAGAAGGGGAGCAACUUUACUUGGCAUCAACAGAUGGUGGGAGUGGUAUACCAAUAGACAAUUCAGACGGUUCAGAUACGGAUGACGAAGAAAUAUUCUUUGAAACUUUUUCUACAUCGGAACUUAAUCAGCUCAGUCCAACAAGUUCCGAUUAUGAUGUGUCUGCUGAAUAGAUGUCUCAAGAAGAAGAGAAGAUGUUACGCCAGCAGCGAAUUCGUCAGCUUGCUCGAUCCGCCAUGCGCUUGCAGCAGGCUGUGGAGGAGGAGCGGGU